AUGAGUGCCAAUUAUCCCGUACCAGACACUCGAUUCGAGCAGACUUUUAGAAGGGCUCUGACCAGGGAAGCAGAAAAACAUAGGGCGGCGCAAUGGCGUAAGAUGGGCGUGGUGGAUCCCGUUGUGAUCAACGAACUUCAAAAAGCGCAACCACCAAGUAUUAGCAAGCUUGUAGUUUGUAAAGUGGUUCUAAGAGACGUGAUAUUCAUGCCUUUGGUGCAGGGACUCUUAUGGACCGGCGUUUUGAUCGCGAUGAAGCCGUGGUUAAAGAAUGCCGUUGCUCAUGGUCGCAGAUUGGGCUCAUCGAUAUACAGAUUGGUGCUGGGUACUGAUCUUGUCAAGCCAAAGAGACGUAUAUGA